UUGUGGGUCGAGCCAGUAAGUAAGAGUCGAAAGAGCAGAAGAAAAGAGUGAAACGAUAAAAAAGUAAGAAAAAUAUAAACAACACGCCACACACGUGAAACAAUAUUACUCAAUGAAAGAAGCCUGUUCCGGCUGCCAGCACUAGCUUCUCUUUCGCUCACUCGGUUCGCUUCUUCAAGGGGUCUCUUGAACGACGAAGAAACGCUGAAAUGUGCAAUGAUAUUAUGUGAAGUGUGAUUCAUCUCAGCUGAUUGUGUUGCAGUUGAGAGGUGCAGUUGCAGCAGCAGCAGCAGCGGCGGCUUAAGAGAAGUGAAACAAAAAAUAGGUGAACGAAUCUUCGAUUGCCCCUUGCAACCAUUUUCGGGUGAACGAAAGCGAAAAACCAGAUCAGCUACGUAGUUUUAAGUUCGGGCAGAAAUCAUGGCACCGAUUCGAUUCGCGUCCCGCGCAUUGAUCUCAACCGUUGUCCUCGUGGUCUUGGUCACCGUUUGUGAUCGGGCGUUGUCAUCGUCAUCGUCGUCGUCAUUGUCCGUGGCAGCCUUGGCUUCGCCGUCAUCAUCUGGUAGUAGCGUAAACGGCACUCGAUAUCGGCACAAACGAGUUGUACGCCCGUCGUUGGCGGCGGCGGCUCAGCGAAAUGAGUCCUGUGCGAACAAGUACUGUGCCGGCGAUGAGGACGAUAGUGGCGAGAUGAUCCUGGGAGGUAGCCGAGCCCUUCGGCAGGAGGGCGUACUGAAGCAUACCUCGGUUCUGUACGGGUUGAUUUCCAUUGCCGAGCGGGAUGAGCUGUCCGCGCGGUGCUACGACGAGCUGCAGCAGAUCUACGAUGGAAUCCGGCAGAAGGAAAUUUGGGCACUGAAAGUGUUGGACGCGUCCGGAAUCCAGGAGGCGGGUUUCAUGUGGGGCCAGAAUCACUGGCUAGGGUCGGAGCGGGGCUGCGAAUCGGCACAUGCACCUCUGUCGAUAACGCUAUCCGAUCGGUACCGGAGGAACAUGAAGCCGAAUCUGGUGAAGGCGUUGGCGCCGUUUGACGUCGGCUUCCGGAUGGUGUACGCUCAGCAUCAGUCCUCUUGGCAGGUGGAGAUGAAAUUUCUGGUCGAGAACAUUCUGCACAUUGGAGUUUGCGUUCCACUGUCGUGCUCGAAUGGCGAGUUGUUCAAUCUGACCGAACGGUACUUUGGAGAGCGAAUCAUGCAAGCACAGGACAUCUUCGAGUUCAGACCAAACGUGCUGCACGUCAAAGAUAUGCAGUUGACGGAGAAUUUCUGGACCAAAGGGAGCGUAUUCGUUAUCAGCAUCACCAUCACACUAACCGCCAUUAUGGUGUAUUUGGCACAGUGUCGUGAGCAAAAAAUUAACGAAGAAAAAGCUUGCAGCGUACCCGCUGAGGAAACCAACAGCACGACCUACACUCCGGUAAUGAUAAACGGAGGGGCAUGCAACGGACACUACUCUCCUGCAUCUGUAGCGUCUUCAUCUUCGUCAGCAGCAGCAGCCACAGCUACCAUUGCCGCCAAUGACGACGAACGGAUGAAGGAAACUGCACCCAUGCCAAAAACAAAACCAACUCCGAUCCAAUCCUCCUCCUUCUCUUCCUCCUCCUCGGCUGACACCUUUGUCGACAGGGUCAUCGAUAGUUUCAACCUGCGCCGGAACCUCGCCACCGUGUUCCAAACCGACAUUGGCCCACAAUCGCUGCCCGUGAUCUGUGGAAUCAAGUCCAUCUGCUGCUUUCUGAUCCUCUGCUUCCACAUGCAGUGGUACACGUUUUUUACGAUCCAAAAUUCGGCCCUGAUGUUCCACUAUGCGGAACAGCUGCGCUACCAGAUCGUCAGCAACGCUCCGCUGCUGGUCGAUGUGUUUUUCGCCAUCAGUGGCUUCCUGGUGACGUACAACUUCGUACGGAACCGUCCCAAGGUGCAGGAGGUCAAAUCGAACGGACUGUGGCAGAACGCCAAACUCUACGGCAAGAUGCUUCUGCAUCGGUAUUUGAGACUGUCGCCCCUGUAUCUGAUGAUCACCGCGAUCGGCGAACUGAUGACCAGCUACGUCGUGGACAAGUCCAAGUUCUGGGUGCACGAGCGCAGUGAUCUCCGCUGCCAGCAGUACUGGUGGCGUAACGUGCUCUACAUACAAAAUCUCUUCAACAUCGACGAUCUCUGUCUGAACUGGACCUGGUCAUUGGCCUGCGAAAUGCAGUAUUACAUCAUCUCGACUGCACUGCUCUUCGUCUAUGCCAAGAACGCCAAACUGGGCAAAUCGAUCUACACGCUGUUUGCGGCGGCCACAUUCGUCUUCAACAUGGCCAUUACGUUGAUGUACCACUUUGUCCCGUCGUACGAUGUGCUGUACAACACGGGCAGUGCCCUGUACGUUGCCCCCUGGGCCCGCAUGUCCCCGUACGUGGUGGGUGUGUACUUUGGGUGGCUCCUGGCGGCGACCCGUGGCAAGCUGAACAUUACUGAGAAACAAUACCGCAAGUACUGGAUCCUGGUCUGCAUGGCGGUGCUCGUCAGUAUGCAUUCGACCUUCAAGCGCAAUUUCCCGUACCCGAUCGCUUCCACCGUGAUGGUUCUGGUUCGAUUGUUCGUGGCUUGGGCAGCUUGCUGGACCAUCAUUGCGACCUCGACGGGCUAUUCAAAUGCAGUAACCCGGUUCCUGUCCUCGAAAUUCUUCAUCCACACCAACAAAUUGACGUACGGAAUUUACCUUCUGAAUCCGUUGAUCAUCACCGCGAUAUUCGGUCUGUCCGACGGCAGCGCCAGUGCCGAUCCCACCCCAACGCUCGUGAUGGCCCUCGGUGUGACGGUGCUUUCCUACGUGGCGGCCAUCGCAUUCACCGUUCUGUUCGAAAUUCCCUACUGCACAAUUUCGAGUGAAAUUUUGAAACUGAAAAAGAAGCCCUCACCGUUGGCAACCAGCACCACAGCAGGGCCUACUUUGACGACGGAUUCCGAUGACAACAAGAAAGCGGAUUGAACAAACAAAGCACGGUGGCAUUUGACGUUGUUGGGAAUUUGAAGCACAUGGAACGCAGAAUAGCACACUUUCGGGAUUUCCGGAUCGACGGAAAUUCGGUUUUCCACCGGUUAAUGUGAUAAAUGAUGAACGGUUGAAGGAAUGAAUAAAAAAA